UUCGUAGCUUUUUCACGCGAAGAGACGACGUUUUCUUACGCCCGGGCCACCGAAAACCGCGUUUUUCGCACGUUUCCGCAAAAUUUAGUGAAAUUAAUCGCAUCCCCGUAGGAAAUACUUAUCCUCAUCGAGUGAAUGACACUAGUGCCGAUUCGGUAGCGAACGUUUCAACGCCUUUCUUUCUGCGGUGCGGAUUCUUGGCCUAGGGUUUGGGCAAACACACCACAGCAAACACAGACAGAACGCGCCGCUUGCUGCCCCGAACGGACCGAGUGCAAACCUGAGAUCUUGCAAAUAAAGGAAAAGGGCUGCCGCCGUUCACAGUUUGUGCUUCAUUUCGCACUGGCCUAAAGAUGAACGUCGAGGAGGAGGUGUUUCGUAUUCAGAAAAAGCUGGGCAAAAUGACUUCCCUGUCGGACGGAUCGGGCCAAGAGCAGGCACUCGAUUUGCUGCGCGAGCUGCAGCGGUUAAACAUCGAUCUGGAUAUACUGACGAAAACGCGCAUCGGCAUGACGGUGAACGAGCUGCGCAAGUGCAGCAAGGACGAUGAGGUGAUCAGCCUGGCCAAGUCGCUGAUCAAGAGCUGGAAGCGCUUCCUGGCCGGCACGCCACCGUCGAAGGACGGCUCGAAGGAUUCGUCCAAGUCGUCCAGCAAGGCGAGCAGCAAAUCGAGCAGCAAAUCGUCCGACAGUGCAAACGCCGGAUCGGGCUGCGCUGGCGGUGGCGCCGGCGGUGACAAAGCGAACAGUGGCAGCGGCGGUACCGGCGGUGGUGGUACCGGCGGUGGCAACAAAAAGGACUACGAGCGGGAGAAGGAAAGCAGCAAAUCGAAGGCUCCCCCGUCGAGCGGCAUGUCGUCGCAGUCGAGCAACACGACCGAUGCGGUGCGGCUGAAGUGCCGCGAGAUGCUGGCGAAUGCGCUGCGCGUCGAUGGCGAACCGCCCGAGGGCUGCCAAACGCCGGAAGAGCUCGGGGAGGAGCUGGAGGAGGCCAUCUUUGUGGAGUUUAAAAACACGGACAUGCGGUACAAAAAUCGUGUCCGGUCGCGGGUCGCCAACUUGAAGGACCCGAAGAACCCGAGCUUGCGGGCGAACUUUGUGAGCGGCGCCAUCACGGCCCAGCGGCUGGCCAAGAUGACGUCGGAGGAGAUGGCGAGCGACGAGAUGAAGCAUCUGCGCGAUCGGUUCGUGAAGGAGGCGAUCAACGACGCGCAGCUGGCGACGGUGCAGGGCACCAAGACGGAUCUGCUCAAGUGCGGCAAGUGCAAGAAGCGCAACUGCACGUACAACCAGCUGCAGACGCGAAGCGCUGACGAACCGAUGACCACGUUCGUGAUGUGCAACGAGUGUGGCCACCGUUGGAAGUUCUGCUAAAACUAAAACUAAAACUAAAACAAAAAACAACAGGUUCGUUCGAUGUGUUGUGUGCGAGCGCGCGCGCGAGAUGUGUUCGAUUUAUGUCUCUUGCUCGAGAUCUAUGGUUUCCAUUCAUUCACAAACGGGAGCGGCGUUUGUUGUGUGGAAUGUGGAAGACGCUGUCUUUGUCUUUUUGCAAUGAUCGUAACGAAAUGGACGAUGAUUGUGGCAACCUUCACCAGAUAACGUGUUCUGGCAGGAGGUUCGGGGUUUUAACUAAACAUACUGGCCAACCAACCAACGUUUAACUGUGCGUACCAGCAAAUGGCCCCAAUGUGUUGGGCAAAAUACAUAGCAGGCAAAUGCUUACGGCAUUGUGGGUUGUGCGGACGCUUCACGUCGAUCUUUGAAAUAAUUCAGUUAAUCAACAUUUGUUUGUGUAAACCCAAUUGGCACACUCUUUUACAUUUAUUAAGUUUACUUCUUUUUGCUUACUGAAAUCAUAAACAAUAGUCCAAUCUUUGCUAUCAAUUUUAGAUUCUAAACAUCCCAAACCCACGGAUAAACAUAUGGACGAUAAAGAUGUGCGUUCGUACAAUUUCUCUUGAAUGCAAGAAAACGAAGGGGGAAAAUCAAUUAUUCACUGUCGGCCGCACUAACAUGGAAGAUAACGGAUUGUAAAAGGGUGAAGCGAUCCUUUGUCGAGUGAAAAUGAAUCCGGUUUUAAAAAAGAAAAACAAACAAAAUUUACAAGCGUUUCGUCGUACGUGGAAAGCGUACAAACCGUACAAACAGAACAUAACACACAUAACCAUCAUU